UUGUGACAGUCCGUUUCGGCCGUUCUGACAGGCAGCUGAUUUAGAUUUUUUCGCUCUCACGUUGGCAGCACGCCAAAAUCGGUUCGCACACUGAAGAAAGGAGGAAAAAAUCCCACGGAUUUUCAUCUUUUCGCCUCAUCGAUUCCGUGCCACACAGCGGGCAGUAAUAAUCACGAGUUGGGCCGUCGCGAGUCGCAGCAGCAGAUGCUCGCUAGUAGUUGCUGAUAAUAAUCGCGAAAGCUGGACAUGCAAUCAACUGAAUGGUCGCAGCAAGUGUGCACAAGGAUUUCUGAAGGACUGAACCGCAGCUCGAUGGUGGCACGUUUUUGAGGUUAGAUUUACUGUUUCUUCUGGAUACAGAAGAAAAAAAAAGAUACCGUUUCGGGCAUAUAUACACGAAUACGAAAGAGAAAUAUUCAUCGUUACAAAAGGACAUAAGUGAAAAGAGCAAGAAGAAAGAUGGCAAACAGUAAGCGAAUAUUGACAGUUGCGUUGCAAACCAAUUAUGACAUCCGCCGGCUGGCUAGCGCGGGUGAUGAUCCGUGGGAGUGUUUGCCGUACCUCGCCGACAGUAAACCGAUCGAUCCGAAAUGUCCACCGACGAAGGCGGAAUUGGAAGCUGCAGGAGUGCUUCCCGCGCCGCAAGACCAGUCAAAAGCCGAGGAGGAGCAGAAACCAGACCCGGAGGCAUUGUUCAAGAAAAUGUUCAAGCUUGAUAUCGACUAUUUGAAGAGUUUAGAUCCCAAGGAUUGGAAAAAUCAAGAUCAUUAUGCGGUGCUCGGGUUGAAGAAGAUGAGGUUUGAAGCAACCGAAGAUGAUAUAAAACGGGCGUAUCGGAAGAUUGUGCUGAAGCAUCAUCCGGAUAAGCGAAAAGCUCUGGGUGAGGAUGUGAAGCAGGACGAUGAUUACUUUCACUGUAUUACAAUGGCCUACGAAACGCUGGGAACGUUGAAGAAUCGGCGUGCGUUCGAUUCGGUGGAUCCGGAAUUUGAUGAUUCUUUACCUUCGCAAAAUGAGGUGAAGAAGGAUUUCUUCAAAGCGCUGAGGGAUGUCUUCAAGAGGAAUUCUCGAUGGAGCGAAUCGAAAAAACCAGUUCCCCAGUUGGGAAAUGAAAAUACGGAGCGUAAGAAGGUGGAGGAAUUUUACGAUUUUUGGUACAAUUUUAUGAGUUGGAGAGAGUUUAGCUAUCUGGACGAAGAGGACAAGGACAAGGGUCAGGAUCGCGAUGAGAGGCGUUGGAUAGAGAAGCAGAAUAAGGCGAUUAGGCUGCAGCGUAAGAAGGAAGAAUCUGCCCGAAUCCGAUCUUUGGUGGACUUGGCUUAUAAUAAUGAUCCGCGUGUUGUCAAGUUCAAAAAGGAGGAUAAGGACCGGAAAUUGGCAGCCAAGCGUGCAAAGCAAGAUGCCUACCAGGCCCAGAAAGCCGAGGAAGAUCGUCUAGCCAAAGAAGCAGCACUGGCAAAGCAGAAAGCGGCGGAGGCAGAGCAGAAACGCAUUGAGAAUAUUCAGAUCGAAAAAGAGCGCGUUAAACGUGCCCUCAAAAAGGAACGUAAAACUCUGCGAGAUGCUGCAAAGGCAAAGGACUACUUCGUGAGCGAUGAAACUGAGCGUUUGAAGCAUUUGGAGGGUUUGGAGAAACUUUGUGAGUCUCUGAAGCUUUUGGAACUGCAAGAGUUCAACAAGAAGUUGGCAGCUGGCGGUCGUGCGACGUUCGUUACGGCGUUGACAGAAUUGGAAGCAAAACUAGAAGAAGAACGACGUUCACAGCUUGUCCAGCAGCAACAAUCCAUACCUAACAAUGCCGGUCUUAAGGUAGUCAAUCGCAAGGCUCUCUGGAAUCACGACAAUGUACAGUUGUUAAUCAAAGCUGUCAACUUGUUUCCGGCUGGCACAAUCUCCAGAUGGGAGGUUAUCGCCAAUUAUCUCAACCAACACGGUACGAAUUUGGGGGAUUUAAAGUUCUACGCUAAGGAUAUUCUGAACAAAGCAAAAGAGCUGCAGAGUGGGGACUUUUCCAAAAGUGAUCUCAAGCAAGUCGUGAACCAGCAGGCGUAUGAAUCUUUCGAAAAGACCAAGAAGGAUUUGAAGCUAGUGGACGCCGCGGAGAUCAGUAAGAAAGAUGACGAAUCCGUUCCAGCGGCCACAAAUGGGCAAGAAUCUAAGAUGAACGGAGUGCAUGAAGCAUCCGAAGAGAAGGAAAAUGUAAGCAGCAGCAAACCACAAAAGUCCAAACAGGAGGCACAUCCCGAACAGCCCCAGAAGGAGGCUCCCACAAAAGAGACGAAAAAAGAGAAGAAAGAGAAGGAAAACAAAGUGUGGAGCAAGGAUGAACAAGCCUUGCUCGAACAGGCUAUUAAGACUUACCCACUUUCCACCCCGGAUCGGUGGGAUCGGAUAGCGGAAUGUAUCCCGAAUCGGACGAAGAAGGAAUGCCUCAGGCGGGUGAAGGAAUUGGUCGAUUUAGUGAAUGCAAAGAAGGAAGCCCAGCAAGCCGUCAAAUAGGCGGGAAGGAAAGGAAACGGAGAAGAGCAGAAGGAACGUAAUAACAAAGGCGAAAUACAACUGCUAGCUAUUAUUUUAUUUACAACCCCUGCGAUUACUUUACGUUAGUACUGUAAAUAAUAACUAACAAAUGGAAAUAAUUAAAAUUGAGUGCAAAAAUAGAAA